GGGAUAGCAAAAGGGGGUGCAAUGGAAGGCAAGAGGCGCAGUAGAAAAGGAGACGAGGCUAGGAGAGGACACGGAGGAUCGAAAUACCGCUUUAGUUUGGAAGGGGAGGGGAAGGCUGUAGACCAGAGGUGGGGACUGGGGCGGGAUUAGAGGCGGGGAGUGAGAGGUGCAACCGUUGAUGGACAGGGUCAGAGGAGUUUCGUCCGUUUCUCUGACUCCGACUUUUUAAAGGCCUUAGUUGAGUAAUGGAGCUGGUGGCUAGCUGUCUAUGGGAGUCCUGGAUCUUCCUCUUACUCUGCGGGCCGCUGCUUGCUUUCGGUUUCUACUGCGCCUACGUGCACGUCGUCCAUCUGCGAUAUGACCACAUCCCAGGGCCGCCCAGGGCCAGUUUCUUAUUUGGACACUUAUCUUACAUCACAAGACAAAAAUGGGACAAUGGUAAAAUUCUACAGGAUGUAUUUUUGGAAUGGGCCAAAGAAUAUGGACCAAUUGUGCGUAUAAAUGUCUUUCACCGGGCCUCAGUGAUUUUAACAAGUCCUGAGUCAGUCAAGGUAUUCCUGAUGAACCCCGAGUACAAAAAGGAUCCCCUUAUCUACUCGAAGAUACAGAAUCUGUAUGGUGAAAGAUUUUUAGGGAGAAGUUUGGUGUCAGAAUUGGAUCAUGAAUUGUGGCGCAAGCAGCGGAGAAUUUUGGAUCUAGCAUUUCACCGAAGUUACUUGAUGAGCUUGAUGGGAACAAUUAAUGAAAAAGUGGAGCAAAUGAUGGCAAUUCUGGAAGCCAAGGCUGAUGGGCAGACUGAAGUAUGCAUGCAAAAUGUGAUAUGCUCGACCAUUUAUGAUUUAUCUGCUAAGAUACUUUUUGGAAUGGAGUCAAACUCUUCAGUUGAUGGACAGAACCCAUUUCUCCUUGAAAUACAAAGCAUCAUGGAGGGCAUGGCUCUGAUGAAUAACCCCUUUUCAAGGUUUUCACCAGGGAAACGGAAAUUGAUAAACAAAACUCGAGAGAGCAUAAGAUGUCUGCGUCAGAUGGGAAAAGAGUGGAUACAGUACAGGCGGGAAGCUUUCCAGAAUAAUCAAGAAUUCCCUCCAGAUGUCAUCAUGCAGUUGCUUAAAGGAGCAGCUGAAGAAGAUAGAAAUGAUGAGUUUCUGGUGGAUAAUUUUGUCACUUUUCUUAUUGCUGGAUCUGAAACUUCUUGCAAUCAGGUAUUACUUACAUUAAUGGAACUGCAACGACAUCCAAAAAUAGUAGAGCGGCUUCGUGCUGAGGUGGAUGAGGUUAUUGGCACCAAAAAAAAUAUUGAAUAUCGAGACCUUGGAAAGUUGCAGUACCUCUCACAGGUUCUCAAAGAAGUUCUCAGGUUAUAUCCUCCUGUCACAGGAACAGUACGGUGGCUGGAAAAGGACACUGUAGUCGAUGGCUUUUUAAUUCCAGGAUGCACCUCAUUGUUUUUCAGUACCUAUGUAAUGGGCAGGUUGGAGAUAUACUUUGAGGACCCCUUGACUUUUAAUCCAGAGCGGUUCAGUCCUGAAGUUUUCAAACCUAAUUUUACCUACUUUCCAUUUUCUUUGGGGCCAAGAUCCUGCAUUGGACAAUACUUAUCACAGAUGGAGGUGAAAGUGCUGAUGGCCAAAAUGUUUCAGAGGCUGGAGUUUCAGAUGGUCCCAGGACAGAGCUUUGGAAUUUUGGACUCUGUGACUCUGAAGCCCAAGGAUAGCAUGAUCUGCACUCUUAAGCCCCGGGAAGGUAGAAAGAUUUCUCUGGUCAUGAAGGAUGUUUCUGGUUUACCUUCUUAAGUAUUAGCUUCUUUAGACAUUAUGGAUUUUUCCCAGAAUGGAAUUUAGAAUCAGGAGCCUUCUGAUUUAGACAGCUAAAAUAUUAAAUCUUGAAGGGCCAGCUUGCAAUAAUAGGCUAUCUGCCAUCUAAAGCUGAGAAUAUUUAUUCUCACUUCUAAUGAAUAGAGACAGUAUUAUGUAGUGGUCAGUGCUGGAUUUGGAGCUUCAAAAAUGUGGGGGCCAAUCCUGCACCAGAUAAUUGAUAGCUAUGUAAUGCUGGGCAAAUCACUGAAAUCUUCUCAGCAUGUUUCCUUGUAUGUAAACUGAAAAUAAUAACAUUUAUUUCCUAGGCUUAUUGUGAGAUUCAAAUGAAGUUAAGUAUGUAAAGCAUUUUGCAGAACUUAAAAUGCUAUAUAAAUGCCAAUCAUGAUAGAGAAUUAAAUAAGUUUUUGGGGGAUUCAUGAGAAAAUAAUAAUCUUUACCUACAUUACGAUUGAGAAGGGUCAUGGUACAAGGCAAAGAAUUGAUCAAAGAUGAACUCAAAACAUGAAGUAAUCAGAACCUAAAAUAAUCUGAGAAGCUUUUUCCUUCUUUUAGUUUGAGGAUUACUCAGGCUAAAUAUGAAUCUGGUUAUCUGGGUCAAAGUAAUUUAAUCAAAGGAGUUCAAUUGAAGACCUCUUACCCUUCUUCAAUCACUGCACUUAUUAAAUCAAGGAAGACUGUUCCUGGACUGGACUGGAGAGAGGGAAAUGGGAUAUGGUUUAGGAAUCUAUAGUAAAGAAGGAUUAAUCCAAAAUCUUCCUACUAAGAUAAUUUAAAAUUCAUUAAAAAUCUGUUAUUUCUAAAA